GGGUCACUUUUCAGCCCACUGCCUCUCUGAGGCAAGUGGGCAGGCACUGAAAAGGAGUGUGUGCAUGGUUUUGUGGGUCUUCAUGAAAGAGCCCAAGGGCUGCACGAAACCAACAUGAGUUAGGAAGUAGGACGAAACCUUGCACAACAGAAGAAGCAAAGCAUUUACUCAUGGGGAAGAGUAGCCACGUCGUGAUCAUCUCGGCUUUGGCAAGUCUAUCGCAGGUUCCUCUGGUAGAACUUCAGGGAAGCUGCACAAAUGCUGGCCACUGCCCAGAUGCAAACUUGAUCCACAUUUGGUACAUUUGGCUUGCGGUGGCCAUCGGUGGGCUGCUCCUUCUCUGUGGCCUGGUCUCCAUCUGCGUGAAGUGCUGUUGCCUCAACUGCCAACCAGCUGGGGAUGACAACAGAACCCGCCCGUACGAGGUGACGGUCAUCGCAUUUGAUCAGGACAGCAGCACUCUUCAAAGCACCAUCACCUCCCUGCAUUCAGUGUUUGGGCCGGCAGCUCGAAGGAUACUCGCUGUGGCUCAUUCCCACGGUGCUGGGCCAGGGGCUCAUCCCUCUGCCGGCGGUGAGACACCCCCCAUUUACGAGGAGGCCCUCCGCAUGAGCAGAUUCACUGUGGCCAGAAUGCCGGAUGUGGAGCUGGUGCCAGAGGAGCAGAAGCCUGAGACCAAAGCCCCGGAAGCAGAUCUCCCCUGAGACCGGCCAGGUUCCCGAGACAGGCUCCAUCAAGGACUGCGGCUUCCAUACCCUGGUGGAGAGUUUGAAAUCUCUUCCUGGCUGGUGCAACUCCAGUCGAGGUGUUCUCUUUUUAAUUUAGUAGACAGAAAGAAGAUCUCUCUGUGUUCUCUAACGCAACAAUUUGCGGUAUGCAAGCAAUGAAAUAAUAUUACAGA